UUCACCACUCCCUACUCCCACAUCUAUAAAAAAUGGCUACUUUAUCGGAUCUUUAUUGUAAAAUAUGUAGGCUUUACUUCACUUCUAGGCUGAAGUUUGUGGAGCACUCGCUCUCCAUUCAGCACCACACAGUCAUGGAAGAGAGGGGAAUGAGGCAGCAUGCUUGUGAAUUAUGUUCCUCUCCUAUUUAUAAUUUUCACACCUUUAUAGAACAUGUGAAAUCCUCAAUUCAUGUGGAUAAGCUUUCAAAGCUUUCGUCUCAAUUUAAAGAAGAACAAUUAGUGCUGUCUCGUGGCCCUCUAUUACCACAUCCACAAUCUCAUCCUAUGCCAGGUCAACCUCAUAAUCAUGGGGUAUUACCUACACCUCCUCAAUCUCAUGUCUUCCCUUCACAUUCUCAUCCUCCGCCAUUCAGUGAUCCUCCUGUAUUGUCACAUCCUCCAGUUUCCAAUGAUGUUCAUGUUUCAUUUCAUUCGUCUCAACCUUUCCCACCUUCUUCUCGUCCUUCAUCUUAUAAUCCACCUCACACUUCCUCUUUUCGUCAAUCUACUUGUCCUCAGUCUAAUCCGGUAUGUACAACACGACCUUCACUUCAAUCAGUUUCUGUUAAAACGCAGACUGUAGCUCCACCCAUUAAAACGCAGUCUGUAGCUCCACCCAUUAAAAUGCAGUCUGUAGCUCCACCCACCAAAAUGCAGGCUGUAGCUCCACCCACUAAAAUGCAGGCUGUAGCUCCACCCACUAAAAUGCAGGCUGUAGCUCCACCCACUAAAAUGCAGGCUGUAGCUCCACCCAUUAAAACACAGGCUGUAGCUCCACCCAUUAAAACACAGGCUGUAGCUCCACCCAUUAAAACACAGGCUGUAGCUCCACCCAUUAAAACACAGGCUGUAGCUCCACCCAUUAAAACGCAGUCUAUAGCUCCACCCAUUAAAAUGCAGUCUGUAAUUCCACCCAUUAAAACACAGGCUGUAGCUCCACCCACUAAAAUGCAACCUGUAGCUCCACCCACUAAACCGCAACCUGUAGCUCCACCCACUAAAAUGCAGGCUGUAGUUCUACCCACUAAAUCACAGACUGUAGCUCCACCCACUAAAUCUGUAGCUUCACCAGCUCCACCCUCUAAACCGCAAACUGUAACUCCUGCUAAAUCACAGGAAUUAACUGCAUCCAAUAAAGUAGUUUCAUCCAUCAACUCACAGACAUCAGUAGCCACAGCAACCAAGGCAUCAGUAGCCACAGCAACCAAGUCACAUACUCCAGCUGCUAUUAAGAAUCCUCCUCCUCCUAGUGCUGCCACUUCUAAUGCUCCCACAUCAAAUAAUACUCCAACAACUACUCAUAAAGUAUAUAGAGUACUGACUCAUCCCCCUGAACAGUCAUCAUUUGCUCAAACACAUUCUCCAAUUCCACAUUCUCUCCCAACCAAGUCUUACCCUCCAAAUGCAAGGCCACCUUUAUCUAAUCCUGCUCGCGAUUCUUCAGUAAGCAAUCAGGAUGAGCUGAGACUAAAGAUAUUGAAGCACACAGAGGAUCAGAAAGCGAAACAACAGGAAACGAAUCAAAUGAAACAGAAGCUGCAUUAUUAUGCCAGAAGGAUAAUAGUCCCUGGAGAUACUACUUUUGAGCCACCGAAAAAGGCAAGCAAGACCACCACCGCUUCUGUGCCGAAGGUAUCCUCUUCAGCAAGUGCUAUCAAUGUUCAGUCUAUAACUAGCAGCACUAGUGGUCCUCCUACAGGUAGGAGCGUACUCACUGGCUCUAGCAAUUAUUCUGAUACUAUUAUAAGCUCAACAGUCCCAACUGUAAUUACUGAUAGUCUUAAGAGUAGCCCUACCAGUACUACUGCCAGUAUUGGUGCUCCCCUUUCUUACACUAGUAGCAGUAAGACUAAAACGAAUACAACUAUACCUGAUCCAAUUGAUAUGGAUACAUGUACUUCUUCAGUCUCCACUUCAACAAAGGGAAGUCUCUUCAUCACCAGCCCUAUGGAGAGUAAUGCUGUUAGUGCUGGGCUUAAGAGGAAGAACGAGCCACCAUUGAUUGGGUCUCCUGUUGUGAAAAUAUCAAGACUAACCACAAGCAAUAGUCCACACAGUAGAGGAAGCACAGCUAUACCUAGAACUGAAUCAGACAUCAAUAAACCUGUAUCGAGUCCUGUUUCAACACCAAAGACUAGUACUGGAUCAAGUACUGUUUCAACACCAAAGACUAGUACUGGAUCGAGUCCUGUUUCAACACCAAAGACUAGUACUGGAUUUAGUACUGUUUCAAUACCAAAGACUAGUUCAACACCAAAGACUAGUACUGGAUUGAGUACUGUUUCAACACCACAGACUAGUACUGGAUCGAAUCCUGUUUCAACACCAAAGACUAGUACUGGAUUGAGUACUGUUUCAACACCAAAGACUAGUACUGGAUUGAGUACUGUUUCAACACCAAAGACUAGUACUGGAUCGAAUCCUGUUUCAACACCAAAGACUAGUACUGGAUUGAGUACUGUUUCAACACCAAAGAUUAGUACUGGAUUGAGUACUGUUUCAACACCAAAGACUAGUACUGGAUUGAGUACUGUUUCAACACCAAAAACUAGUACUGGAUCAAGUACUGUUUCAACACCAAAGAUUAGUACUGGAUCGAAUAUUGUUUCAACACCAAAAACUAGUACUGGAUCAAGUACUGUUUCAACGCCAAAGUCUAGUACUGGAUUGAAUCCUGUUUCAACACCAAAGACUAGUACUGCAUCAAGUACUGUUUCAACACCAAAGACUAGUACUGGAUCAAGUACUGUUUCAACGCCAAAGACUAGUACUGGAUCGAGUACUGUUUUAACAUUAAAAACUAGCACUGGAUUGGGUACUGUUUCAGCAUCAAAAACUAAUACCACUGGAACAAGCACUGUUUCAAAGCCAAAGAAUAGUACUGGAUCAAGUACUGACUAUACUGUUGUUAUGGUUGAACCUCCUGUGAGAUUUUCUGAUAUUGAUGGGCAUAAUGAACUAGCAGAUAAAUCUACAUCACCAAUAGUACGUGUACCGCCAAUAGCAGAGUCUGGUAUGGCUGUGUCAUUGAGUGAUCUGAUGAAGGACAUUAUUGAAGGUGCCAGACAACUGGAGAACAUUAGUCUUAGUCAUUUACCAACUUCAGAGCCUCAGCUAUCAAAAGAAGGAAAAGCAAUAUCAUCACCUCCUCCAGCAUUAGCGUCUAAGGAUUCAUGUCAUUUUAAGGAUAAGAAUGGUCAUAAAUGUAGCCUCCCUAUAGUUCAGGGAAAUAAGUUGUGUAUUGACCAUUUGAAAGAAUUCGAAAGUAUGAUGGGAAAAGAUUUAGCUACCAAUUCCGUAGGAAAAGGAAGGCAAGGUGUAGCAGGCUUUGUUGGUCAAUCUGAAAAAGCAUCUUCUGUCAAAAGUGGAAAAAAGAAAAAAGGCAGCCAAAGUAGCAGUAACCUUGAUUCUGCAACUCCAGUAGAUGCGUCACUUCCUAAUCCUCCUUCUAAUACCAAUAGUACUAAUGCAACUGGUCCUAGUGUUAAUAUUACUGGUCCCAAUGUUAAUAUCACUGGUCCCAAUGCUAAUAGUGGGGCUACUGGUGAUGGUGUUGCAGUUACUACUGGUAUAGCUAUUACUAGUUCUGGCACCCAAAAUACUAUCAGUACUGGUAAUGUCAGUACUAUUAUUACUGGUAAUACUGUCACUGGCAGUAUUAGCACUGAAUCUACUAGUGGUACUGAUGGUAGUAGGAAAUUGUCAUCAAGUAAGGAAAGGAUUGGAUUGCACUCAUCAAUAUCAGAGCUAAAUGCAAGAGAAGAAAGUGUGCAAAAGUCAUUAGCUACUGCAGAGAACAGUUUAACUGAUGUGAUCAGAUGCAUCGAGGAAUUAGAUGCCUUGGAUUAUCUAUCGAUUCAGCACGGGACAAAGUUGCAAGAAAGACUAAAAGAAAGUAAAGCCAACUAUCAUCAAUCAGUAGAGCAGUGCAAUAUUCUGUCAAAGAAGCUUUUAGAAGAGACAGUUUCAUUACAGGAUAAGCCGAGUAAGAGCUCAUGUAAUUCUAAUGUUGAAACUAUAGAAAAGUUGGAUAAGUUGCACAAAGAACAAGGACCGAUGCUAUUGAGUCUGAAGGAGUUAGCCACUUGUUACGAUAAAGUACUGAUGAGUAGAGUAACCAUGCAGUCAGGAUAUGAUGGACUUCUAGUUAGGAAAGAAAAACUAAUGAAAGAAUGUGAAGAGUACACAAGAGAAUAUCAGGAGAUUUUGGGACUGAAGCAAACUCUUUUAUAUAGGAAAUAUUCUUCCAAAUAUAUCAGUAAUCCGGUCAAGAAAGAAAAACUUCAAGCUGAUCUAGAGCCAAUGGAUACUGGCUCUCUUGGAAAUCCUGAAAAGGAUCAGUUAUUAUCUAGAAUGGCACACCUCUCUCAGGCUCUUUUAUCUUCUAGCUCUCGUUGUGACUCUACCUCUUCUAGCUCUGUGCCUUCUCCUUUUGACUCAGCGGUUCCUUUAGCUGAGUCUGUCUUUUCUCCUCCUCCUCCUUCUUCUGUUUCUAUUGAAGGAUCACCAUCAGCAACUCUUCAUAAAGAUACCAAAAGAGAUGGAAGUGAGAAGGAGAUACCUAAUGUUAAGAAAAAACAACAGCUUGAUGAGGAUCAGCUGCCUUUGAGUAAGAAGAGGAAGGAUUCUCAGUCUUUUGAUGUUACUUCAUCUGCUUCAUUGAUACAAGUGCAUGAUAUUGAACAAGCACAGCAAGUUGAAACCAACCAGCCAAUAAAUGAGCCACAGAAUACUGGACAAAAUACUACUGAUGAUCAACCACAUAAUACUGAACAGAAUACUGAACAGUCACAUGAUGCUGAACAGGCACAAUAUGUACAAGGCACUGAACAACCUCAGGGUAACGAUGGACCUCAACAGCAUAGUAAUGUAUCACCUGUGAAGCAGCCAGCUGAAACUUCAAUUUUUACUGAUCAUGGAAAUUCUGUUCUUGCUAUGAAAGUUCACAACAAUAACUUGAUUACUUGCUCAAUGGAUAAAUCUGUCAAUAUAUACAAUAUUGAGACUGGCAGGAUUGUGAAGAAGUUUGCAGCUUAUGAUAGAUCAGUGACUUGCUUAGAAGUUUAUUCAGAUAAUAAUGAUACUUAUAUUUUGUCGGGCUCUAAUGAUAAAUUCAUUCACAUGACAGAUAUUGAGACUGGCAGGGUCUCCAAGUUUAGGUGUGGCUCAAAGCUCAUUUACAUGGUACUGCACAAUCCUUUCCUUUUUAUUGCUCUUAGCAAUGGAUACAUUAAUGUCAUGAAUGUCAAGGAUAAAUCCAUUGUUUGGAAGCAGCAGUGUCAUCCAUUGGAUAAAGCUAUCAGUUGUUUGGCAGUUACAGAUACUCAUUUAUUCACUGCUGGGUUCGACUCCACAGUCAUCGCUUGGGAUAUCUAUGAUUUCUUGUCAAAGGGAACAACACCCAAAAAUUUCAAGAUGUUGUAUCAAUUUGCUUGUUUUACCAACGUUGUACUCAGUCUGCUGGUUAAUAAUAAUCUAUUAUAUUGUGGCUCUGCUGACUCUACUUUGCAAAUAUUUGACACUAAGAAUUGGACUAGACUUCACAGGAUAAUGUGUCACAAUGACGGUAUCUCUAGUAUGAAAAUUGCUUCUAACGUGCUGAUCACUUCAAGCUUUGAUAAACUAAUUCGAUGUUUUGAUUUAGAGACUUUGGAACUGAUUCAAGUCUAUGGUGGUCACUCUGAUAGGAUCUAUUCAAUGGCCAUUGCUAAUGGAAUGAUUUUUACUGGUUCUAAGGAUGGAAGCAUAAAGAUGAUCAAGCUGGACUUGUCAAAUUCUUUUCAAUGCAAGUGGUCAGACUGUAAUUUAAAGUUUGGAAUACAAAGUCAUCUUUUGGAUCAUUUAAAGAGUCAUUGUCCUGCAGCUGGGAAGAAAGAAAAGUGUCUAUGGAAUGAUUGCCAAAUUUUCACAUCAUCAAUGUAUGAACACCUUCAAACUCACUUAGAGCAAUCAAAUUUUUUUUAAUUAAAAAAAUAUUUUUAAAAGACAAA